GAUUCUUAUUUACUUACAAUCAUGUAUUAAUUAAUUAUAUACAAGUCAUCAACAAAAAAAAACUAAAAACAAAACAAAAAUGUUAACUAAUCUAGUCCGAUCAAUUAGUCAACAAUUAGAAAUACCAUUUGAUGCCAUCGUUUUAUUCACGGCAGUCAUCUGUACUUAUAUAAUUUGUUUAGUAUUUGCAUUGCUUAUGCAAUCUAAAUCUAGUCAUUUUAAAAGUUUUUAUUUUCUCAUCACUGGUUUAUUAUUGACCAUUUGGGCUUAUGGAUCAAACACCAUUCAUUCAUUUAUCAAUUGUUGUUUCUGUUAUCUAACCUUGAAAUGUUUACCACAACGAAUUGCAUUGACCAUGAAUAUGUUAUUCACAAUGGCAUAUCUUCUUUAUGGAUAUUAUUUGACUCAAGUGGAUUGGAAUUAUUCACUUACAUGGACCAUGCCACAAUGUAUUCUAACUUUACGUUUGAUUGCAUUCUCAUUUGAUAUAUUGGAUGGACAAACAAAUAAAUUAAAGACCAAUAAAAAGGAUUCGACUGGCAACUAUCGUCACAUAAAUACAUCGAUCAUAAAUCUACCAAACUUUGUCAACUAUUUAUCUUAUUGUUAUUUUCCUGCUUCAUUUUUUGUCGGUCCAUUGAUAACGUAUGUUUCAUAUGAAAAAUUAUUGAAAACAAACGAUUAUGAUGUACAACAAAAAAUACAAUCAAGCAUCAUUCGUCUAAUUGGUAGUUUUUUUGUCACAAUCAUCUAUUUUAUUGGUUCAAAAUAUUGGCCUGUAGAAUAUUUGCUUAGUGAAGAUUAUCAAAAUUCUUGCUUUGUCUGGAAAUGGACAUCGAUAGCAAUUGUAACCAAAAUUUAUAUGUAUAAAUAUAUUCUUUGCUGGUUGAUUGCCGAAUCAUCAUGUCUAGUGACCGGUAUUGCACAACAAGAUGGAAUAGGUACCUAUAGUAACAUCAAUUAUAUUGCCUUUGAAACAGCCACAUCAUUCACCAGUAUAAUCAAAUCAUACAAUAUAUCGACAAAUACAUUUGCAUUCAAAUAUAUUUAUCGACGAUUAAAAUUUCUUGGUAAUGUUUAUUUAAGUCAAAUAAUAACAUUAACAUUUCUAUCAAUAUGGCAUGGUUUUGAAAGUGGAUAUCAUAUGGCUUUUUUCAUCGAAUUUCUAUUGUCAUUUUUUGAGAAAAAUUGCUUUCCAUUUCUGGAAAAAUGUCGCCAACAAUAUUCAUUCAAUGGAUAUGGAUCAAAUUUAAUCAUUUGGAUUAUUGGACGUCUUUAUACAUUCUAUUUUCUUGGCUAUGGAUUUUUAUCAUUUAUCUUCCUAUAUCGUAAACUAUGGUGGCCAAUAUUUGGUUCAAUCUAUUUUAUAGGUCAUUUAUUACUUGGAUCUUAUUUUUUGGCCACUGUGGCCACAGAUACACUAAUUCGUAUAACAUCAACAUAAUAAAACAAUGUUUUCGAUGAUUGA